CCAGGGAGCUGCGCCGCCCGCCCGUCUGUCCGUCCGUCCGUCCGCACGCCCGCAGUCACUGCCAGAGUCAGCCGAGCCGCCGGGCGCCGCGGGCCCAACCCCAGGAUGCUCCCUUUCGCCUCCUGCCUCCCCGGGUCUCUACUGCUCUGGGCACUGCUGCUGUUGCUCUUAGGGGCAGCGUCUCCCCAGGAUUCCGAAGAGCCUGACAGCUACACGGAAUGCACAGAUGGCUAUGAGUGGGACCCAGACAGCCAGCACUGCCGGGAUGUCAACGAGUGCUUGACCAUCCCCGAAGCCUGCAAGGGUGAAAUGAAAUGCAUCAAUCACUACGGGGGAUACUUGUGUCUGCCUCGCUCAGCUGCGGUCAUCAGCGACCUACAUGGAGAGGGACCACCACCACCAGUGCCCCCUGUUCAACACACCAACCCCUGUCCUCCAGGCUAUGAACCUGAUGAACAGGAGAGCUGUGUGGAUGUGGACGAAUGUGCCCAGGCCUUGCAUGACUGUCGCCCUAGCCAGGACUGCCAUAACUUGCCUGGCUCCUACCAGUGCACCUGCCCGGACGGCUACCGCAAAAUUGGGCCUGAGUGUGUAGACAUCGAUGAGUGUCGUUACCGCUACUGCCAGCACCGCUGUGUGAACCUGCCUGGCUCCUUUCGCUGUCAGUGUGAGCCAGGCUUCCAGCUGGGACCCAACAACCGCUCCUGUGUGGAUGUGAAUGAGUGUGACAUGGGAGCCCCAUGUGAGCAACGCUGCUUCAACUCCUAUGGGACUUUUCUGUGUCGCUGCAACCAGGGCUACGAGCUGCACAGGGAUGGCUUCUCCUGCAGUGAUAUCGAUGAGUGCAGCUACUCCAGUUAUCUAUGCCAAUACCGCUGUGUCAAUGAGCCAGGCCGCUUCUCCUGCCACUGCCCACAGGGCUACCAGCUGCUGGCCACAAGGCUCUGCCAAGACAUUGAUGAGUGUGAGUCAGCUGAUCACCAAUGUUCGGAGACCCAGACCUGUGUCAACUUCCAUGGGGGUUAUCGUUGUGUGGACACCAACCAUUGUGUGGAGCCCUAUGUCCAAAUGUCUGACAACCGCUGUCUCUGCCCUGCCUCCAACCCACUGUGUCGAGAGCAGCCCUCCUCCAUAGUACACCGCUACAUGAGCAUCACCUCGGAGCGGAGCGUGCCUGCUGAUGUAUUCCAGAUCCAGGCGACCUCCGUCUAUCCUGGCGCCUACAAUGCCUUUCAGAUCCGUGCUGGGAACUCUCAAGGGGACUUCUACAUUAGGCAAAUCAACAAUGUCAGCGCCAUGCUGGUCCUCGCCCGGCCAGUGACAGGACCUCGGGAGUACGUGUUGGACCUGGAGAUGGUCACCAUGAACUCCCUCAUGAGCUACCGGGCCAGCUCCGUACUGAGACUCACCAUUUUUGUGGGGGCCUACACCUUCUGAGGGAGACCAUCAGGGAAGGGGAGAGUGGGCCUUGCCCUCCCUCCCCACAGCCUCCCAUAGCUUGAGGAGCCUAAGGCUCAGGGAUGACUCUUCUGCUAAAAGAUGAUGUUGUGAAGGGCAAUAAAGGGUGAAUGAAGGA